CUUAAAUCCUCCAACACAUGCUCCUGAUGCCAUUAUAACAAACGCAUUGCUUCCACCACCUAAAAACUGUGAAACCUACGGUCCUACAACAUGACCACUACGCGACCGCUUGGACCGCCAGUCGAUCUGACCCCCGCCCAGUGGCCCUCGCCAACCGUUCUCCGCGGGCGAUACAUCCAGCUCGAGAAGCUCCAACCCAAACAUGCCAACGAUCUCUGGGACCUAAUCGGUGGAGCCGACCCAAGGCUCGCCUGGCUAUGGGACUACAUGCUAGACGGACCCUUCCCCGAGCGCUCAGCUUUCGAGCAAUCCAUCACCUCCCGAUCCGAAUCCACCGACCCGUUCUACUUCGCCGUGAUCGACGAGCGUGUCUCCAGCCCCAGCUGCGGCAAAGCCAUCGGGUUCCUCUCGCUCAUGCGAAUCACUCCGGCACAUUGGACCGUGGAGAUCGGGAGUGUCAUGUUCUCCCCGGUGUUGCAACGCACUGCGGCUGCCACUGAGACGAUCUAUCUGCUAGCGCGGUAUGCCUUUGAGGAGCUGCGCUAUCGUCGAGUCGAGUGGAAAUGCAACGCGCUGAAUGCCACCUCCCAGAAGGCGGCUCGGCGUUUGGGGUUCGUCUAUGAGGGUGCUUUCCGGCAGCAUAUGGUCAUCAAGGGUCGAAGUCGGGAUACCGCUUGGUUUGCGAUGGUGCGUGAUGACUGGGAGGAAGGGGCUAAGGAAGCAUUGGAACAGUGGCUGGAGGAGGGGAACUUUGAUGAAGAUGGUCGGCAGAAGAGGGCACUUCAGGAUGUUCGGGAGGCAGUGAAGAGAUCGAGAUCUGUACAGUAAUAGAACUUGGUGCCAAGGUUGGCUAGAGCGAUAUCUUUGAUAUGAAGACUUGUGUAGUGGUCAGUCUAGCUGCAUCUAAGAUAGAAUUAAUUCCCAAUAUAUUCAGUUGUAGGUAUAUAUUAGUAUAUAACGAUGAGCAUUCGAGGUGG